CUACAAUAACUAAAGCAAGCAUUGCGCGAAAAGAGCAGCGCGCCUCACAUACAAAUCGACUGUGUAAAUAAAGGCGCUCAGAACAACAUACAAGAGCAACAGCAAAGAAUGUGUAUUUUUUUUUUUUGUAGAUAACCACAAAAAAACUGAAUGUAUAUUAAGCGCUAUUGUUCAACGCUCUACUACGCUGACCGCGACGACGCUCCCGCCGAUGCCGCCACUACUGCUAGCGCUGACGCAAAGAAUUUUUCGCAUAACCAUUAAACUGUUCCACUUAUCAUUUACAUCAUAUGACGCCUUCGCUAACGUAACCACGCUUAGACAUACUAUCAAGACAAGCGGACAAGCGCGCGCAAUUAAACUGACAGCAGCGCGUUCGGCUUUGCACACAUUUGUCAUAGCAGCGCUAUGCCGCCGCCGUUGUACAUUCUGGUAGGCAUUUACCGCGCUGCGUUCGUCGCGUUCAGUACACUUCUGAGGCGCAUUUUUUGCGCUGCGGCUUUCAUCACAACCUACAGCAAGCACAAUAUUAAUUUAUAGCGUAGCGAAACUUAUCAUAUAAUUUAAAAGUAGUGGCGCGCGCUUAUCACAACAGCUUGUCAGCUGGAGAGCAACGUCGUAGACAACGCGGCAAAUAAUCCUAGCUUGUCGCCAGGCCGCUAGUGUAGAUGUGCACGCAAAUAAAGAGGGGAAAAAAGAAAACAAAAGUGAAUAAUUGCUUCAAGGUAAAGUUCUAGCGGAUCGCGCAGCGCUGAUCAUGGAUCGUGGUUCGUGGCAGUGAUCAGGCGAACGUGCCACGCGAAUCGGCCGCGUUUCUGUCGGCAAACAGACAAAUGGCAAGCGCGAGUUAGUUGAACUAGAUAAUCGGCGCAAGCGAAUGCGAAAUUAGUUGAGAGUGAAUGUGAAAUGCAAAACGGGAAAUUUAAAAUUCAAAUCGAAUUAGAAAUUUGGAAAGUACUAAGAAACUCAAAUAAAAAUACAAACAAAUGAAUAAUAACAAAGACAAUUAAGAAUAGUUUACUACAACAUACCGAAAUAAGAUAAGAAUAACAACAACAAAAAAAGCAAAGAUAAUAAUAAAAUAUGACAAGUGAUAAAAGCAACUAUUAAGCAAUAAUAUUGCACCAAAGCAGCAAAUAGCGAAACUGCGAUGGAAAAGUAGAGCAAAACACUUAAAAUUUAAAUUCUAUGGCGAGCGGCGAAUUCUACUUUUAACUAAAACGCUUGGCGUUGAUAUGUGAAAACGAAUGAGUUUCGGAGCAGGCAGCGUUUGAAGCCAAUGUCAACAGCGAGGGUAAACAUUAGUUUCUUAACAACAAAGAAUCAGCAGUAAAAUACGCUGAAAGUGAUAAUAGCAGUAGUGAGCGAAAAUAGCAACAACAACAACCGGCGCAGCAGCAGCAGCAAUAGUAUUUAAUUAACAACCGGCGCAGCGUCUACAACAUCGGCAACAACAAUGGUUAAAGACAGACUGCCUGAGCUGCUACAGCGCUCAGGCAGCGUGCUCUCCACUGUCUCGGCAUCGAAUGGUUCGGCAUUGUUUCAGCGCUCCAGCAACAUCGAACUCAAAUUAGCAGAGAUGAGUGCACCCAUGGACGCAAUACUCAAUCCGUACUCGGAGAUACGAGUACAAUUGGCACAAAUUUCCGCGAAUUUGGAGACAAUGAAUCGUAUGGUGCAAACAAUAAAUAUACGUAAUUUUAAUGAAAAAGAAAUGGACGAACUGCGUACUCAAAAUCUUAAAAUGGGCAAUCAACUAAUGAACAAAUUCAAGGAAUUCAAAUCGAAUAUGCCGCCAGAGAAUGAUUUCACAUUGGAGGCGCGCAUGAAACGAACGUUAUUCUAUGGUCUCUAUCAAAGUUACAUACAAAUAUGGACGAAAAAUGAAGAAUUCCUGCAGCUGUACGAGCGAAAGCUGAAGAAGAAUUUGGAAAUACAUUCAAAAAUAAUGAAUUGCAACUCCACCGAAGAGGAAAUCGAAGAACUGAUAGCAAAUAAGACAACAAACCUCUUCGUAGGCAAUAUUCUAGAAGAAACCGAAAAUGAACGACGCACGCUACGCGAUUUGAUGGAUCGUUUCAAUGAGCUAAAGAAGCUGGAGAAGUCCAUUGAAGAUGUGCAUGCGUUAUUCCUGCGUAUUCAAACACUUGUAAUGGAACAGAGUGAAACGAUAAACCGCGUUGAAUUUGUUGCUCAACAAGCGACACACUUCGUGGAUAAAGGUCAGCAUAAGCUGAAAAAGGCUGAAACGUUGAAGCAGAAGGCUUUAAAGAAGAAAUUUUGGCUUAUCGGCAUUGCGGUGGCUGUGUUAGUUGUUUUAAUAUUAAUUGGUAUUUAUUUAUGAUCAAAAGAAUAAUAUAUUUUGGUAAUUG